AGAGCACUGCAGCAAAAAGCUUAGUCCACUACUGGCUGAGUCAUGUGAGUGAGAGGAGACAGAGCAGCACGAGCGCACGUUGUGACAACUGUUUACCAGUUGUAGGUGUGUGCUCUCUGUUUGGCAACAGCACACUGCUCUACGUCUCCUAUAAGAAGAAGCGCCUGCUCAAACCAGCUGAGAUUUUCAUUAUCAACCUGGCCAUCAGCGACAUGGGUCUGACCCUGUCCCUCUACCCCAUGGCCAUCACCUCCAGCAUCUACCACAAGUACUGUACACCCAUGUUUACACCACAGAGCCAAGCCUAGCAAAUAUCUACCACAGGAACUGUACAAACCAUCAAAUAAUUAGUGAAAUAAGGGAGUGCCCAGGUCUGGCACUGUAUACUAUUUUACAGUGCCAAGCCCAGCUGUACUGUGCUGUCUGACCUGGUUACUCAUCCACUGGAUCCUCCUGGAAAGGAUUAUGUGAAAAGGACAUUUCCAGGCCAGAACAGUGCAGUUCGGUUCAGCAGGAUAGUAUGAAAGACCCCAUACAGACUCCCCAAGCUACAGUAACAGCCCAUUGGAGAGGAGAGGAAAUGCUUCACCUCACAUGUGAUUGGCUCCUAUACUUCACAGACACACUGUCAAAAAAAUCCUGUAGGUUUGUUACGGUAAUUUACUGCCAGCCAAUUGCCUGUACAUUACUGUAAAUAAAGGUACAUUAAGUUCAUGUAAAAACCAAAAGGAUUUAUUUUUAUUUUUUACAGUGCAGGAAACUGCAGUGUUUUGACUAAAGGUUUUGAUGUCUAACGUUGGCCUUAUGCCACCACACUGUGUAAAUGCAGAUUAGUAGAGUUGGGUUUGGAUUAAAAACUAUCCUCUCCAAUUGUCAUGGUUCAAUUACCUUUCUAGUUUGGUCGUGUGGUGACAGGUCCUGCUUUAUACUGUACAUUGAAUGGUCAGUGUGUUCUCACUCUCUCUUUCUUUCGGUAUUUCUCUCUCCCUCUCUAUUUAUCCCUCUAAUUCUCUCUCUCCGUCUACGGCCUUUCUGACCCCUCCCGCUCUCGCUCUCGUUCCCUCUCUUUCUGUUCCUCCCCCUCUCCCUCAGGUGGCUUUUUGGGAAAACGGUGUGUUUGAUCUACGCGUUCUGCAGCGUGUUGUUUGGGAUCUGCAGUCUGACCACUCUCACCCUGUUGAGCAUGGUGUGUUUUGUGAAAGUAUGUUAUCCUCUCUACGGUAACCGAUUCAACCCGGGGCAUGGCCGUCUGCUGAUAGCCUGUGCGUGGGUCUGGGCCCUGGUGUUCGCCUUCUCCCCUCUGGCCCACUGGGGUGAAUACGGUCCAGAGCCAUAUGGCACAGCCUGCUGCAUCGACUGGCGCCUGUCCAACCUGCACCCCGUGGCCCGCUCCUACACAAUGGCGCUCUUUAUCUUGUGCUACAUCGUGCCCUGCUGCAUCAUCACAGCAUCCUACACGGGCAUCCUGAUGACGGUUCGAGCCUCUCGUAAGGCCAUGGAACAUCACGAGGCCAGGCCGGCCAAAAUGAGCAACAUCCAGGCUGUUAUUGUGAAGCUGAGUGUUGCAGUCUGUAUCGGUUUCUUCACAGCGUGGAGCCCUUAUGCCGUGGUGUCGAUGUGGGCAGCGUUUGGACACAUGGAGAACAUCCCACCAUUGGCGUUCGCCAUACUCGCAAUGUUUGCCAAGUCCUCCACCAUAUACAACCCCAUCAUCUACCUGCUGCUCAGGCCCAACUUCCGCAGGGUGAUGUACCGGGACCUGGUGAGCUUUCGCAGGGCCUGUCUGAAGGGCUGCCUGUGCUCCUGCUCCCAAGGCGCUGUGGGGAAGUGCCGCUCCGGCUCUGUGGUCCAGGUUAGCCUCCGGUCGCUCCGCAGACCACCAGGACACAACCAGUCCUGUUCCACCAACUCAUCUGCCAACCAAGCCCUCGCCGGGUACAGAGGUUGUAGCAGCACCUGUGAGAAGUGCAGCGACGCCUUCGAGUGCUUCAGACACUACCCCAGAGAUUGCCAUGGCGGCACCAACCCCCCCAGCUCCUCAGUCAACACUAACACACCUCAGGAUCAGCUCUCAACAGAGCCCCAGCUGCAGUCACUGACACAGAAACCAACACGGAAGCAGAUGCAGAAGCAUAAAAAACAGGAGGCCUGUCACAAGAAGUCCCUGCGUGCCACGAUGCGCAGCAAAAGGACCUCGGAGAUCGACAACCUUCAGAUCAACUUGAAGAUGGUCCCGGGACACGCUAAAUUUGCCUGGCCCUAGAAUGUGAUAUAUGCAUUCUCUGGUUUUAUAUUUUUUACAUCUCUGAUAUAAAUUUUGCAGUUGAUAUUUAAAAUUACUUCAUUUAUUUAUCUGUCAAGAUAGACAGUGACUUUGUUGAAAUGCGCUUAGUAAAAACCUAGGUUGUCCUUCAGGGAUUCAUGUGGGCUGGAGGAGAACACAGUGGAACAAAAUGGAACCCCAUCAUCCUCGGAAGGAUCGGGACAGAAGCCAAGGUACAAUACUGUUUGCUGUGUGCGGCAAUAAAAACAGUUUGACACAUGACGAUGGAAAGCGAAACCCACUUUGACAUCAGUUCCGCUUCCUCUACAAUCCCAUUUCCAUCCAGUGUUUAUAGUUGUCUAAUACAGGUACAUAUACAGUAGGUGCUGGAUUGUUUUAUGUUGGUUCAGUACAGCAUGGUUUAACUCAACAUGAAACUGUUGACUUUAUGUAUAAAGGAAAUCGAUGAGAGACAGCGAUAGAAUCAACCAAAGUCAUAAUCAAACAGCUGAAGAUACUGAUAUUCACUCAACAAUAAGCACUACAGUAUACUGUGUAUAUAAGCGCAACAGGGAGAGGAGAAAGGGCGAGCAAGGCAAAUAACCAAGUACAAAUUGAGCAACUGUAGACAGUCAAAUUCAGAGUGAGAGAGAGGAAAGGGUUAAAAAAAAACAAGACAAAACAAAUUUGUGUUGUGUGGUAUUGACACAUUGUGAACCGUGUUGUGUGUGAAAACUGUGUAAAAUAUGCAUGGCAGUCAUCGGCAUGGAAUGUCCUCCAUUGCAAGGUUCAAAAAAUGAUUUGACCAAAUCUACAAGCUGUUGAUUCCUUCCAAUCAUGUUACAAACCAUUAAAUCUUCCUCCCAUUUUCCACAGCUGAACUAACGAUACUGUAGCACUUUGCCAUGCACCUUCUCUCUCUCUGGGUAGCUGUAUUGAAAUCUGUUGAUUUAAUAAUUAAUUUAAAUACUAACUGCCUAUUUGAGAAACUAAUGAGCAAAGAUUUUUUUGUAGUCUUGGUACUUAAUUAGAAUGAAUUAUGGGGGGUCAAUUGGAACAAAGUUCAUUUAAACAUCCAUAAAUCUGAUAUAAUGUAAUUAUUGUGUGGAAAACGGACGCUAACCAACAUUUGCAUUCGCUGAUUUAUUCAUUAAUCAUUCAUGCAGAGAUCCAUUUUCUCCUGUUUGCGAAGGGGAUUAACAGGCUCCAGCCUUGAUAAGAAUGUUAGUAUCAAGAUAUGGGAAGGUAUACAAAAAAACAUGAAUCAAUGCCUUUAAAAAAUGUCGAGCUUAUCUCUUCUUCAUCCCUGAUCCUUUUUAAAACAUGCAAUUAAAACAGUGUUUCGCAGCAGCCAAUCAGCCGCGUGGUAGUCAGAUAGAGAUGGACCGCUGUGGUUGGAUCUGGGAUCGGAUGGGUCCGAGGAGAAGCUUCCUGAAUACAGCAGCUGAUGUUAUUCUAAUCAAAUGCAUCUAGGCUCUACCCAAGUUCCUGUUGUUGCCUGCUGCCUGGCCAAAUGAAAUCUGGGCACUAGCCAGAUGAAAUUGAAUUGCUCAUGUACACAUAUCUUGCAAAUGUUAUCGUGGGUGUAGAGAAAUAAUUAUGUUCCAAGCUCCAACAGUGCAGUAAUACCUGACAGUACACACAAAUCCCCAAAAUAAAAAGGAAUUAAGAAAUAUUAGA